UUGAGUCGCUUUCUCGGAAAACCCCUGAAGCUAGGAGCUUUGCUCGCUUCUUCCAUUUUCUCACACAAAGAGAUCACUCUAAUCUCUCUCUCCCUCUCUCUCUCUCUCAAGCUUAGUCUAUCUUUCUCUCUCUAAAACCUCCCUUGAAGUCUCCUAAUGGCUGACGCUGAAUGUCACAUUCGAAGAUGAAGAUCACCGGCAAGACUGACCUCUCGGCGAGUCUCUCCUACAGAGCGCUAAGCCCUUUCCUAGAUUCAGAUCUUAUACAGAAACCGAGCUAUCGCAAAUCACCUAGCCGGAAAACUAAAAACGCCAGCUUUUCCGGCGCCGGAGUGCGGUUAAAGAGAGACGGAGCUCCGGCUGGAAGGCGGAGUAGGCCUGAGACUCCUUUGCUUCGGUGGAAGUUAGACGAUGGAAAGAAAGAUGUUGAUGUUAAGGACGAGCGGUCUCUGCCGGAGUUCGGUCAGAAAAGUGGCCGGAGAGCGAGGAGAGGCAAAGAGGUUUUGCUUUCCGCGAGAAAGCUCGCCGCGGGACUAUGGCGUUUACAGUUGCCGGAGGAUGCCAGUGGCAGUGGCAAAAGGCAUUGUGCGCCGAAGGACAGUCCAUUAGGGUUUCAGUCUGGAGUUGGCCAUGUAGGGGUCCAGUCUCAUGGUCAUCACAAGAGUGAAGCUUAUGGUUCUGUAGCGAAGGAUCUGAUUCAGAACCCUCAUUCAUUAUCUGGUUCUAGAAAAGGAUUCUUGAGCAAGAUCGAGCCUUCUUUUAAAUUUUCCAACUCUGCAAUGGAGGGGGUGACAAAAUGGGAACCCUUCUGCUCCAGAACAUCAGAUGAGGUGCAACGGGUUUAUGGCCAUUUGAAGCUUCUUGACCAACAAAUAAGUGCUGUCUCAGUGAUAUCUGAAUUAAAAAUGGAACUAGAGCAAAGUCGAGCACGGGUCGAUGAGCUUGAGACUGAGCAACGGUCCUCAAAGAAGAAACUUGAGCAUUUCUUGAGGAAAGUCAGUGAGGAAAGGGCCACAUGGCGGAGUAGAGAACAUGAGAAAAUCCGUGCAAUUAUUGAUGACAUCAAAGCUGACUUGCACAGAGAGAGGAAAAAUCGUCAAAGGAUGGAAAUGGUUAAUUCUAAAUUGGUCAAUGAGCUGACUGAUGCCAAAUUAGCUGCGAAGCGCUUUAUGCAGGAAUAUGAAAAAGAGAGGAAGGACAGAGAGUUAAUAGAGGAAGUAUGCAACGAGCUUGCUAAGGAAGUUGGAGAAGACAAGGCUGAAGCUGAAGCUUUGAAGAGGGAAUCCAUGAAACUCCGGGAAGAAGUGGACGAUGAAAGGAAGAUGUUGCAGAUGGCUGAGGUCUGGCGUGAAGAACGGGUUCAGAUGAAGCUGGUUGAUGCAAAGUUGACACUUGAAGAGAAGUAUUCUCAGAUGAACAAGCUAGUAGCAGAUCUGGAGACUUUUCUUAGUUCAAGAAGUGCAACCCCGGAUGCGGCAGAGUUGAGAAAAGCAGAGUUCCUCAGACAGGCUGCUGCCUCGGUGAAUAUUCACAAUCUCAAGGAAUUUACUUAUGAUCCCCCGAAUCCCGAUGAUAUAUUCUCUGUUAUUGAAGACGUUACUUUUGGUGAACGAAAUGAUAGGGAGCUUGAACCAUGUGUUGCAUACAGUCCUGCCAGCCAUGCGUCCAAAAUUCAUACCGUGUCUCCUGAAGUUAAUGUGUUUAAUAAAGACAGCAUUCAGAAACAUUCUAAUGCAUAUCUUGACCAGAAUGGAGAUGUGGAAGAAGAUGAGAGUGGAUGGGAAACUGUAAGCCAUGUUGACGAUCAGGGCUCAAGUUAUUCAUCCAAUGGGAGUGAUCCAUCGGUCAACAAUAUUUGCCAGGCCAAUAAUGUCUUAGGAAGUGGAAUAGAAUGGGAAAAAAAUGCAGGUGGGGAAACACCAAUCACAGAAAUAAGUGAAGUCUGCUCAGUACCAACAAUGCAAUUGAAGAAGGUAUCAUCCAUCUCCCAGCCUUGCAGAUCGUACCCAAGUAACGGUGAAAACUACAAGAUAAUCUCAGUGGAGGGAAUUAAUGGAAGGCUCUCAAACAGAAGGCUUUCUAAUGGGGCCAUCAUUUCUCCAGAUCGAGGUUCGGCUAAUGGCGGGUAUAGCCCCUCGGAUUUGGGGGGACAGUUGAGCUCACCUCUCUCAGGGUAUACACAUAUAACUCGAGGCAUGAAAGGGUGCAUUGAAUGGCCACGUGGCAUGCAGAAGAAUAGCUUGAAGGCAAGGCUUUUGGAGGCGAGGAUGGAAAGUCAAAAGAUCCAGUUGCGCCAAGUUCUAAAGCAGAAGAUUUAGAUGGAUUACAUAAGUUUCCAGCGGCCAAGCCUGCUUGGUGAAGUGACUAAUAAAGCGUGAAACUGUUGUCACUAAGGAAGGAACUGGCAAACAGAUCCAUUUGGUUAGUCUCAUGAAACUGUCCUUUUGCGGGUCUUCCACUUCACUCGCAUCACCAUGCUCUGGUAAGAGUUCUCAUUUUGUUAUAAUGAAUCUUAAUUGAGCCAGCUAGUUAUUGUCUGUAAUGAGUAGCUAUACUUCUGCUUGUUGGUGUUAGAAUCCUUUUUAGUAAAUGAUUCAGGAAGCAAAGUAUGCUCCGUGUACCAUUAAAAUGAGGGGAUACCAUCAAAGAAAACCAAUUCAUGUCGGAUGUAAAAUGUUGACAAUUUUAUUCUGUCUUGUAAUUUUGUUGCGGGACAUAUCUAUUCGAAAUGGAAUAUGACAAAUGACAUUUUAUUCUA